GCUAUACGUUCCCCCGCCCUGCAGCAGCGUGGAGGUCAUUCGCCCGAACUGACUUCCCCACUUUUCCCUCAGGGUCUUCGGCGCGGGGAACGCCGGAGCCGAGCAUUGGGUCGGACUUGCCGACCGAGCCAGGUGCAUCAGGAUUCGUCUGAAUCGGCCAAUGGCUCUCGACCGAGGCGCAAGUCGGAGUCGGUUCGGAAUUACCCAAACGAGCUGAACAAGGAGAAAUUACUAAUCCAACAUUCCCACGGGUGAAAUUGGCACAGCCCCAGCCUCUCCCCCCCGGGUGCACCCGCGCCGGUGCCACCGGCUUCGUUCAUGUGACGUCACGGAUCACGAGCGUGGUGUUCGAUGUACCGUUCUGGGUCUGUAGCCUUGUGGCUUGCAGAGGGUACUUAAAGCGCUUGGAAGGUGCAGGGUCUGCCUCCCAAGACUCCUUAAUCGUUGUCGACCACCUACACCAACAUCGAGUAUUCAAGUUCGAAGAACCGGAAUUUGGAAAGAAGAAUGUCGUCAAACGAGCGCGAGGACAAGCAGCCCUGGGCGCGUGAGUCGGCGGGUUUGAGCGAGAGUGGGUACGAGAUGCCUGAGGAGAUCAAGGAGAGUAUCAAGAAGAGUUUCCAGCAUGCAACGCAGGCUGCGUCCAACUUCUUCCACCACGCCGCCCCGAGCUCGGGCAACUACACAAGUUCCCAACCCUCCCAUGUCGACGCCUCGAUCGACAAGACCAUCGGGGACGUGCGUUCCACCAUCGGGGAAGCGCUUGGUGCUGAAAGUGUGCAAGCUGCGGGUGAGGCACAGGCCGCUAGGGGCGACGCGCAGGAUACUAUGGCGCGUUUGAGGGAGAAUCUAGAGCAUACGGCGGACCAGAUGCAGGGCCGGGAUCCGGCUUUGGGCCAGAGGCCGAAUCCGUGGAGGGCGGAAUGAGUGCGGUGAGGAAGUGAGGAACGACAGUGUUAUGGCUCGGAAAGGUGUAAAGAAGGCUGCAACAUUGUACUCUAGUUAAAGAACAACGAGGAAAGCGAUGCAUUCUACCAC